ACUCGAAACUCGAAUGGUAUUCUCACGUACCUCGCUCGUGACUCGACCUUUUGGAUCCUUCUUGUUCCAAUCCGCCUUCGACGCUUCUGCCGCCGUCUUUCUUUCGUCGAUUCAGCAAAGCGGCGAUAUCAAGCAAGAUUGGAAUCGAUUGGCGAGCUCGAGCAAAGGCGGCGGCUUCAAUCACAAUUCCAUUCCGAGCAGACGAGCGCGUGACAAUUAGAUUUGGAUUGGACGGACGAGUAAUGGGAGUUGCAACAAGGCUCGGCCAUCCUAAUCUCAUUGGUGAACAAGCGAAGGAAUUGGAGAUGGAAGCCCCGGGCAUCGAUACAGUGAUACAAGGUAGCAUAGCUGACGGAGACAUGAAUGGGGUAGUUGGAUAUGGACAGGGGCGACAUUAUGGCCCUGUUCUUCACGAUGUGAAGCCAACGCACGAGGCUUGUGCACCUGGCCUGCAAAUGAAUCUUAUUGACGGGAAUGACCCUGUAGGUAAAAGUAGUUUUAUGGAUUUUGCACAGUUGGUGAGCAAAGAUGAUAGUGUCAGUCAUCAUGCUUGUUUUAAUACUAGUAUGGAGUCAGUCACCAAGGGUGAUCAAAAUUUGAAUGUCUGUAGACAAGAACUGAUGCCUAAGAGGAAGAGAGGAAGGCCUCGGAAAUUAUUAGUUAUGCAAAAUCCUAUUGAUUCAGAGAUUGCCGCUGGUGCUGAUAGAGUGACAGGCAACCAUUCUUUAACAGUAAGCGAACAUGAACCUAUAGCAAGCGGAAUGAGGGGGCGGCCUAGGAAAUCCACUUAUAAAGGAGAUUCUUUGAGUUCUGUUGCCACCCCCCAUGUUAAUAUAGAGAUUAGUAGCAUUGCUAUGGGAGUAGACAAAGAAAAUAUAACAGCAAAGAGGAAGAGGGGAAGACCUAAGAAGUUGAUAGAUGCAGAAGAUGUUAACUCAGAGGUUUCAGCUUCUGUUGCUACAAACGCAGGUGGCAGUUCUCUGAUGGAAACUGAGCAAACAUUGACUGCAAAGAGAAAGAGGGGAAGGCCUAAGAAGUUGAUAGAUGCAGAAGAUGCUAAUUCAGGGAUUUCAGCUUCUGCUGCUACAAAUGCAGGUGACAGUUCUCUGAUGGAAACUGAACAAAAAUUGAAUGCAAAAAGAAAGAGGGGAAGACCGCCAAAAUUGAUAAAUAUACAAAAUGUUGUAAGCUCAGAUGUUGCACCAAAUGUUGGUAUUGAGACAAGUAACAUGUCUUCAAUGUCACUGGAACAAGAAUUGAUUGUAAAUAAAAAAAGGGGAAGGCCUCGGCUUUCUUUUGUGGAGGAUAAUGAGCGUGUUGUGUAUCAGUGUUCCUUUCAGGAUGGGGAUAGUUUUGCUUCUGCUGAUUUGGUGUGGGGUGAAGUGAGGAUGCACCAGCAGUGUCCUGGUCAGAUAUUUCAUUCCUCCACUGCAUCAGACCUUCAGAAGAUGGAUCAUCAUCCGGUUGCUUGUUUUCAAGAUAAAACAUUUGCCCGGUGUGAUGAGUCACAAUUGAAGCACUUCCAGACACACUUAUCACAAAUGGAGAAGCAAAGCUGUACAGAUGGAUUUGAAACUACCAUGAAUACCGCAAUUGAAGACGUGUCAAGGCAUGUUGUGUUGGGGUCAACAUGCCAGUGUUUCAUUGAUGAAGCUUCUGCAGGCCUCAAGAAACCAAGGAUUGAGAAUUCAGGGAUACAAGUUGGGAAAUGUUGCUACAACAUUGACAAGGCAUGUAUUGUUAGCUCUUUUGAACCUCUUAAUCUUCUCCACUAUAUCCAAGCACUAGCAUGUUCCCCAUAUGCAAGGUUUGAUAGAUUAGAACUUGGGAUAUGCAAGUCACAGUUGAAGUCCUUUUAUCACUCAAAAGGAUAUUCUGAACUUCCUGUAUUUGUUCAUGGUGAAGGAUUGGUUGAUAAUAUUGAGGAUUCGCCUUCUAAUAAGAGAAAUUCUAGUGAAGAAAGUGCUGACCCCUCAACUCUGAUAUCUUUAGCUGCUACUUCUUGGAUGGGAAAGUCAACAACAAUGAAAAGCUCAUUUAGACGGGAAAAACUAAACAUUGUGCAAUGUAGAAAAAGGACUGAAUUCAUGGAUAAGAGAGAUCAUUAUGAUGCUAGAUUUGAUGUCUCAUCUCAUGGAAACUCUGAGGUUGCUGUAUUGGAUUCUAAAUUAGAGAAAAGAAAUGAUAAAAAUCUUGGGGAUUUGAUAAUUAGCUAUUCAAGAUCCAAUCCUGCAAGACAGCCUGAGGUUUUGAUCAAAAGUGUCACAAAUGAGUAUUCCACCCCAACUGAGAUGCUUGGACAGCUCUAUAUAUCCGCAAGUAAUCCUCUGGAGGAAUACAGUUUUCUGCCUACAAUAGUGACUUUCUUUGCUGAUUUUAGAAGCUGGGUUGUGUCUGUUUUGUCAGCAGAAGAAAAAAAUACAGACAAACUUGCAGUUAAAUGGGAUAUGAGGAAAUCCAUAAACGUCAGUUCAGAAAAUAUGUCGGCUUUCAUGCAAGAUUCAUACUGGUCCGACAUAAUUGUCAGCUGUGAGGAAGAACUGGCAUCAGGUUGGAAAAUAACCAAUGAAUCUCAAAGGAUGCAGCAAAGAGAACGCCAUGGACAUGAACCAUCAUUUUCUCUUCCCUUCACUUCCAUACCUUAUAGUCGACCACAUUUGCAAUAUGGUUCCUCAAAUCAAAAUGAUAUGCACAAAAUGGAUGUUCAAAAAAUGAAUGAGCGUGUUUUAGAGGAUGGUCCAAGAUAUGGCAAUAACUUGCAGGUAUCUGAAGAUGGAAAACCCACAAGCAAUUUGAUGAAGGUUGCUGAUGAGUUCAUCCCCACAGCACUGAUUUUGAGCUUUCAUGAAGCAGAUGAUAUUCCUGCAGAAACUGAUCUCGUUAGGAUAUUUGGGCAAUAUGGGCCUCUUAUGGAAGCAGAUACAGAAGUUAAACGGUCAGACAAACAUGCUAAAGUUGUUUUCAAGAGGCGUAGUGAUGCGGAGGCAGCUUUAUGCAGUGCAGGGAAAUACAGUUUCUUUGGACCCACCCUCGUGAGUUACAGGCUUAGGGCUUUGUAGGUAGCAUCAAAAGAUCCUUGAGGUAGCAUUCAGUUUUGCUCAUAAUAUCCAAUUGCUUGUUGAAGCUCUACUCUAAAAUGUUCCAUUACUGACAUCACACUUCAAACCUGUUCGUCCAUUGUGUGAAUGAGAUUUAUCUAAAUGAGUUGUUGGGCUGGUUAGCCAGAUGUUUUUUGGUUUUUGUUUUUCAAUAACUACCUUUUGACCUGUAUUUUAGACUUCUUUGAUCGUUGAGAGUUCAGGAUGUACAACCUUUUUAUUUCUAUAUGGUUCAUACUAAUACUUGCACAUUAAUCUAAUUUAUCCAUUAUAUAGUUUAACGUUUUUGUUCA